UGUUUGUUUAUCCACCAUACUGUAUAUUAUUUCUUCUUUGGGUGGAGAAAGGAAUAUAUCCUCUUCUUCAAAAGCCUUCCACCAGAUGGAGUACAAAUGCUUAUUCUUCUAAGGAAGGGGAAAAGCAAACAAACAAAACCUGCGUGCUGUCUAGGUUGAUGCCCAGACUAUUCUUAGAAUUUACUAUAACGGCUCCCAUAUUCUAUCUUGACAUAUUCUACUGUUAACGUAUGCAGCAACUGGACUGAUCAACAUAUUCUGCUGAUGCUACAUCAUCCUUAUCGUCCAUGUCUGAGGAAUUGAGUGACUAAAGGGGUGGCCACCGUGUAUUGGAUCACUGAGAAUUACUACUAGAUAGGAGAAUCAUAUUCUGAUUGUAUGUUGUGUUUGUGGAUAUGUGACUAGUGGAAAAUGUAAGAGGGGAAUGCAGCCCAGCCUACCACUUGGGAAUUACAAUCACUAGAAAACGACUUGUAACAGAAAGCAGAUGAACUUGUCCAGAAGAAAGAGACACGUGCUGCUAUCCUCCUCCUCCUCCUGCUGCUGAUCAAAAUACUGUGUAGCAAAGCACCACCACAAACCACCCUUAACUGAAUUCAUUCAUGUAUAAAUAGGUCAUCCAAGCCUCCUUGAUGUGUAUCGUGCAUCAGAGCUAUUUGGAGCCCUGUACAAAGUAGGGUGUUUUUUUACAUCUGUGUGUGCGUGUUACAUCGUCCUCUCUCCCGCUAUUUUUUUUUUGCUGAUCAAAGUGCUGUACUGAAUACCAGUUUUAGUCCAGGUUAAUUGCUGCAAAUCUGAUUUAGAGACUUGCAUUAUUACAUUUUGAGGUUGUAAGAGAUUUCCUUCUAUAGGCUAGAUAUAUGGAUGCUUGUGGAAGGUCCAGUGGCGGAUGCAGGUACGAGUGCUUGCUCUUUGAUAUGGAUGAUACUUUGUACCCUCUGAGCUCAGGUCUCAACUUGGCGUGUCGUAAGAACAUAGAAGAAUUCAUGUUGCAACACUUGCACAUUGAUGAAAAUGAAGUACCUAAGAUGUGCUUGGAUUUGUACAAGGAAUACGGGACAACUAUGGCUGGCCUGAAGGCUCUUGGCUAUGAAUUUGACAAUGAUGAAUUUCAUACUUAUGUUCAUGGAAAAUUACCAUAUGAGGCUCUGAAACCCGACCUGUUGCUGAGGCACCUUCUACUUUCUAUGCCUCAACGCAAAAUAGUCUUCACUAAUGCUGACAAAGCGCAUGCAGCUCAAGUACUCAACAAGCUGAGCUUGGAAGAUUGUUUUGAAGGUGUCAUAUGCUUUGAAACUCUUAAUCCCCCUCCUCUCAAACCAGAUCAUGAUGAUAACUACAAUACACAAGACAGGACAGACGAAAAACAAGUGCUUGCAAAAGAUGAAUCAGAGGGUACCGCCACUGAUGACACUGCUGACUCCAGCAGAUUCAGCUCCAAGCCUCCAAUUCUCUGUAAACCCUCAGUGGAAGCAAUUGAAGCUGCUAUUCGAAUUGCCAAAGCUGACCCCAAGAAAACUAUUUUCUUUGAUGAUAGCACACGAAACAUUGCAAGCGGGAAAGCAGCCGGACUUCACACAGUCAUUGUAGGAAGCACGACACUGGUGCCCGGAGCUGACCACGCCUUAAGUAGCAUUCACAACAUCAAAGAGGCACUACCAGAAAUAUGGGAAGGUGAAGGAGAGCAGCUGGAGCAAGUCAUCCACUUGAUUUCCCAUGAUGAAACUUCAGUGAUCGCGUAGUUUUUUGCUAUCCCUGGCAUGCUGUAGUUCUAGUUCUGUAACCAAUAUGACGAUGCCCUAAUGUCUGUAUACUGGAGUAAAUUCAAAAGUGAGAGAAGUAAUAAUUUAAGCUUAUCAAAAAGCAUAAAACUCACUCUUCGGGCA